GUCACGUGACAUUGGUGGUUUAUUUUACAAAACAUCGUGUGUACUUCACAUCGAUUGUAGAUAAAGUAAUGUGGCGAUAUCUGGAGUAAUCCCGGGGUGUCGUGAGGGAUUGUGAUAACCCCUGGCGUUAGGGAGCCCUCGGUACCAACAUCGAUAAACUGUAUUGAACUACUGAAUUAAUUGAGACUGUAAGUGGAGGGACGCGUACGUCCAAGCAUUGUGAAGUGGAGGGACGUCUAGCUGUUGUUGAGAGGAGGGGCGUCUAAUUAAGCAUUGUUAAGUUGAGAGACGUCUAUCUGUUGUUACCAUGGAGAGCCACCAGGGUACAUACAGGACAAUCCUCCUCUUCCUUUUGGUGGUCCAGUCCUUUGCAAACCAUCGGAUCGUCAGGAUUGGCGCUCUUCUCAGCUCAUCACAAAACCAACUGGUAUUUGAGGAUGCAGUACGCAGCCUCAACAACAACUCGGGAGUUCCUGUGAACAUUCGCUAUGAAUACACCUCCAUCAUUAUGGACCCGAACAGGAUUCGUUGUGCCCUCAAGCUUUGUGAUGAGCUGGUGAAGAAGGCUGUCCAUAUUGUGAUUGUGAGCCACCCCCCACCUCACGAUAAUGACCAGGCACCCAUCUCUGUGUCCUAUACAUGUGGCUUCUACAAUAUUCCUGUUAUCGGGAUCUCUACCAGAGACAGCUCAUUCUCAGACAAGAAUGUACACCCCACAUUCCUGAGGACUGUGCCACCAUAUUUCCACCAGGCAGAUGCUUGGCUUCAGAUGUUGACCCAUUUUGGCUGGAAACAAGUCAUUUUCAUUCACAGCAUGGACGAAGAGGGUCGUAUGAUCCUGAGCCGAUUUAAGUGGCUGGCUGAAAAGGAGGACAUCAUGAUAGAAAAGGUCUACAAGUAUCCAUCAGGGAUGAAGAAAUUUACUUCAACUUUAAAGCCAAUACCAUCACUGCAGUCCAGAGUCGUACUUCUCUCAGCAUCGCAAAGGGAUGCAGAGAACUUGUUUAGAGACGCCAAGAAUCUGAAUCUGACAACAGCAGGGUAUGCAUGGAUAGUGAGUGAACAGGCCAUGGAGGCCUCUACUCUUCCAGUAGGUAUGCUCGGAUUGAAGCUGUAUUACAGUACUAAUGAAGAUGUCCAUAUACGAGACAGUGUCCAAGUGAUUGGUCAGGCCAUGCAAAAGUUUUUCCUUGUUAAUAGUGACCUACAGAAUAUCACUGACACACCCACAGACUGUCGCAGUGCCAACAACGACUGGAAAAAUGGCAGCAAAAUACUGGAGGCGCUGAAGACAGAAAAGUUAGAAAAGGGUCAAACCGGACAGGUGAGCUUUAACGAGGAUGGGGACCGGGUCAACGCCGUGUACUUCAUCAGGAACAGUCAACAGGACAAAGUCAUGGUUGGCUACUAUGGCAACAAGCAGGCAACAGAACCUGCACUGAAGAUCACAGGUGAAAAUAAGAUUGUGUGGCCUGGUAACCUAAUGACAAAACCCAAAGGUGUAAAGAUAUCCACUCACCUCAAGGUAGUGACCCUGAAAGCUACACCUUUUGUACACACAGAACUCCUGUCGGAGAAAGGUUCCUGUGAGGAAAACAAGAAUGAACGCAUAUGUUGGAAAGUCAACUCCACAACGGGAGAGAAAGUUGACUACUGUUGCUAUGGUUAUUGCAUUGAUAUGCUGAUCGACAUCUCCGAGAAAGUGAACUUUACAUUUGAGCUACAUCUGAGCACUGACAACUCAUUUGGUACCCUUACCAGGAGUAACAACAGUAAGAUGAAGACAUGGAACGGGAUGAUUGGAGAGUUGGUCAGUGAAGAGUCAGACCUCAUAGUGGCACCCCUCACCAUCAACCCAGAGCGCGCCGAACACAUCGACUUCUCAAAGCCUUUUAAGUACCAAGGCCUCAUCAUACUGGUCAAAAAGACCCAGAAGGACUCGAGUCUGGCCUCCUUUCUACAGCCAUUCCAGGACACACUCUGGAUCCUGGUGGGCCUAUCUGUUCAUGUGGUGGCUUUAGUUCUCUACCUCCUCGACAGAUUCUCUCCGUUUGGUCGCUUCAAACUGGCCAAGAGUGAUGACACAGAGGAAGAUGCUCUGAACUUGUCUAGUGCUAUGUGGUUCGCCUGGGGAGUACUGCUGAACAGUGGUAUAGGGGAAGGAACUCCACGCAGCUUCAGUGCUCGAGUACUAGGAAUGGUCUGGGCUGGUUUUGCUAUGAUCAUCGUGGCAUCCUACACUGCUAACCUGGCAGCGUUUUUGGUGCUAGACCGUCCCGAGGCCUCCAUCACGGGUAUCGACGAUGCUAGACUCCGUAAUCCAAAUGAGAACUUCAAAUAUGCCACGGUGAAGAACAGUGCUGUAGAGAUGUACUUCAAGAGACAAGUAGAGUUAUCUACAAUGUACCGUCAGAUGGAGACACGAAACUACCACACAGCUGAGGAUGCCAUCAAUGAAGUGAAGAAAGGUGAACUACAAGCUUUUAUCUGGGAUUCCUCACGUCUGGAGUAUGAGGCUGCCAAGGAUUGUGAGCUGAUCACUGCUGGAGAGCUGUUUGGUCGGUCUGGCCUUGGUAUUGGUCUCCGGAAAAAAAGUCCUUGGACACAUGAUAUUUCCAUGGCAAUUCUCAAACUCCAUGAACGUGGUCGUAUGGAGGAACUGGACAAUAAGUGGAUUCUCAAUGAGAGUACUGACUGCUCUGAGAGUGAGAGAGACUCUGCACCGGCCACAUUGGGUCUAACAAACAUGGCAGGUGUGUUUAUGAUGGUGGCUGGUGGGAUUGUCGCUGGUGUGAUCCUCAUUUUUGUGGAAAUAGCUUAUAAACGACAUCGAGGACUAAAAGAGAAGGAGUUAGAGCUGGCACGGAAUGCAGCGGAUCGCUGGAGGGGUAACAUCGAGAAAAAGAAAGAACUUCGAAAAUCCUGGAAUUUCCUUCGAGCUCUGAAGGAUGAACAUCAGGCUGCAUCAAAGGAAAAAUUUGAAGAAGAAAAUGAAACAAAAGAUCUUUGAUUGAUUGGUUCUGUUUGAUUGAUUUGUUGUAGAGUUUAUCUGUCUUUAAUUGAUUUGUUGUAGAGUUUAUCUGUCUUUAAUUGAUUUAGUCAUGUAUUUGUACUAAUUACAUGUAUUAAUAUCACUUCAUUAUAAACAGACAUUGUUAUAUGAGGACUAUAAAGUGAUCUGUACAUGUUAUUCAAUCAUUGAAUUUAGCUGGGUAAAUAAUAGAGUCUAAUUAUACAGUAUAUACAGGGUGUUAUGGGUAAAUAAUAGAGUCUAAUUAUAUAGUAUAUACAGGGUGUUAUGGGUAAAUAAUAGAGUAAUUAUACAGUAUAUACAGGGUGUUAUGGGUAAAUAAUAGAGUCUAAUUAUACAGUAUAUACAGGGUGUUAUGGGUAAAUAAUAGAGUCUAAUUAUAUAGUAUAUACAGGGUGUUAUGGGUAAAUAAUAGAGUCUAAUUAUACAGUAUAUACAGGGUGUUAUGGGUAAAUAAUAGAGUCUAAUUAUACAGUAUAUACAGGGUGUUAUGGGUAAAUAAUAGAGUCUAAUUAUACAGUAUAUACAGGGUGUUAUGGGUAAAUAAUAGAGUCUAAUUAUACAGUAUAUACAGGGUGUUAUGGGUAAAUAAUAGAGUCUAAUUAUAUAGUAUAUACAGGGUGUUAUGGGUAAAUAAUAGAGUCUAAUUAUAUAGCUUAUAGAAAAAGU